GCCUUCCCACCAAUCUCGACCCUCGACGCGUUCCGUUCGUGCGUGGAGGAGCCGGGCGGGAGGAGAGGCCGCUCCGUGGGCAAGGGGCUGCGGCGCGCCGACCGGCCGGCCCCAGCGACGGUGCGGAUGGCGGACUCACAGCUGUUCUGUGUGGCCGAGGAGCGCAGCGGCCACUGCGCGGUGGUGGACGGAAAUUUCCUCUACGUGUGGGGGGGCUACGUGUCUAUUGAAGACAAUGAAGUAUAUUUGCCUAAUGAUGAGAUUUGGACCUAUGAUAUUGAUAGUGGGUUGUGGACAAUGCACCUCAUGGAAGGAGAACUCCCAACCUCCAUGUCAGGAAGUUGCGGUGCUUGUAUUAAUGGAAAGCUGUAUGUUUUUGGAGGAUAUGAUGACAAAGGAUACAGCAACCGACUUUAUUUUGUUAAUUUGAGAACAAGAGAUGGAACCUACAUUUGGGAAAAAAUCACCAACUUUGAAGGUCAGCCACCCACACCACGUGAUAAACUUUCCUGCUGGGUAUAUAAGGACAGAUUAAUAUAUUUUGGUGGCUAUGGGUGUAGGAGACACAAUGAACUCCAAGACUGUUUUGAUGUUCAUGAUGCAUCUUGGGAAGAGCAGAUAUUCUGGGGAUGGCAUAAUGAUGUUCACAUAUUUGAUACAAAGACACAGAGUUGGCUACAACCAGAAAUUAAAGGUGGAGUUCCACCUCAACCACGAGCCGCACACACGUGUGCAGUUCUUGGAAAUAAGGGCUAUAUCUUUGGCGGUCGUGUUUUGCAAACUAGGAUGAAUGAUUUGCAUUAUCUAAACUUAGAUACCUGGACCUGGUCUGGAAGGAUUCCCGUUAAUGGAGAAAACCCCAAACAUCGGUCAUGGCAUACCUUAACACCAAUAGCAGAUGAUACGCUUUUCCUAUUUGGUGGACUAAGUGCAGACAAUGUUCCACUAAGUGAUGGUUGGAUUCAUAAUGUCAUAACAAAUUGUUGGAAACAACUAACACAUUUACCUAAAACAAAACCCAGGUUAUGGCACACAGCCUGCUUAGGAAAAGAAAAUGAAAUAAUGGUAUUUGGUGGGAGCAAAGAUGAUUUACUGUCCUUGGAUACAGGUCAUUGUAAUGAUUUACUGAUCUUUCAAACACAGCCUUAUUCACUACUCAGGUUAUGCCUUGACUGCAUUGGUAAAAAUGCUAUCAUUUUAGAAAGUCAGAUAUCUUUAUUACCUCCAAAACUUCUCCAACAAGUACUCAAAAAAAUAACAUUUUGGACUGCAGCUAAUCACCGAGAAGAACAAAGGGCCCAAAAAGAAGAAACCGAAAAUAAGUAUCAGUGGAUCAGUGGCAAUUAAGUUGUUAUAUAUUCUAUACAUUUAAUAUGUUCAAACAUUGUAAUCAGACUGUAUAUUUACCUCCCUCUCAAAUUGGAGGCUUUAUUUAGAGGAUAAAGUUUGAAACAAAAAUUCUA